AUGGUCGGCAAGAGCGUCUUUAGCGGUCGCAAUGAGCUUCAGCAGGAAACGAGUCGCCCUAGCUUGCACCUUUUGUCGCAACAGUGGAGUGUCACUAUGAUGAUGCGCCGUCGCAAAGGUGUGUUUUUAGCCAUUACCCAGAACAAGAAGCUGUCUGACGGGGGCAGGAUCGAUACCACUGGUGGCACAAAAGAAAUUUUGGGCCGUCUGCAUGAGAUUGAGGUCUUGCUCAACGCUAUGUUUGACCAGAUUUCAACCACAACCGCAUCCAAUGCUAGCUCUUCCCACGUGCCUAUUGAGACCUCUCCACCAACACAUUCACUGGCCUCCCUGCAGGAGCCCCAUCUCAAGGUCCCAGUUACCUCCUCAUCGUCAUUCCCAGUGCUCGCGGUUCGACCAAAUUCUCCAGAUCUUCCACCCAUGACAAUUCCAGUUAAACACAAAACCUCAUCUAGUUACCUGCUAAGUCUGCUGCCGGUCAAGUCCUUGAUCGGGGAAUACCCACCAGACCUAUUUUUCCGCUUAGAAUCAAAGAAUCAGCUACCCCAUGGGCUAUCUUUCGAGAAGUUGCAAGAGAAGUUGCAAGGCCCACAGUCAUCCAUUGAGAUCUCAAGAGAUCUCGCCUCGGAGCUAGUCUCCAAUUUUUUCUCCUCGGUCCAUCAGAAUCACCCCGUCCUGGACCCAGACGAGUUCCAGAACAUCUAUACCAGAUUUUCAGACACAGGCCCUGAUACUAGUAUUGAGUCCGCGUUAUGUAUGGUUGUUCUGGCCCUCGGAGCUGUCGCUGCCUCACCAGCAGACUCACAUAUUUUUGACACUGCGCCUGCGGGCAUGGUUUAUAUGCAGCACGCCAUGCAAACGCUCCUCUACCAGGCAUCAUGGUCCUUCUCGUUUAACUUGAUGUUACCACAAGCGCUUGUUUUAGCAAGCGUAUACUUCGCCUAUAUAGUGCGCCCUCUCCAGAGCUGGCGACUUAUCUACUCCGCCACGACCAUUCUCCAAUUUAAACUCUCGGGAAUUGACAGCCAUUAUGAGGGGCCCAAGUGGCGAGAGAGCCUGACUCGCCUAUUUUGGUCGUGCUUUUUGAUUGAAUGCGACCGACUCGCUGAGCUCGAACUUCCAAGGAGCGGAUUGCAGCAGCUGACUGACGAAAUGAGUCUUCCAGAGUGCACAAAUCUUGGCAUGAUGCAAGCAACCUGCUAUCUUGCCGAGAUUUCGAUUCGAAGGUUAUUAAAUCGCAUUCAUAGCUCGCUGUAUCCCUGCAAGAAGCACGUAUUGACAUUAUCAUCUGCAUCGCUGAUGGCGCCAGACGACUUCUCUAUUGAUGAUAUCUCAUCCAUGAGCGCUGUAUGUGAUGAACUGCACUCCCAGCUCGAAUUGUGGCAUUCGUCAAUACCGGAGACCUUCCGCCCGAAUUUAAGUAUCGGAACCAACAUACCAGAACUCGACGAUCGCCGGGAAAUCCUACGGACUCGGUAUUUUGCAGCACGCCAUAUUAUAUACAGACCUUUCCUUCUCUAUAUUGUCACCCACCGUACGAGCCACAUUCCCCGCUCCAUCGUCGCAAAAGCCGGCAUCUGCAUCGAGAGCUGUCGGUCAUACAUCUACAGCGCGGCGCAACUCUUGGCAAAGCCAAGUCAGUACACGUGGACAUUCUCCCUGUCAUCUCUUGGCGCCGUUGUUGUUCUUACACUUGCCUCAUUAAAUCCAGUCUUACAGGACCUGGUUCCCGAUAUCGACAAUCUUCAAACUCUCGUCCUGAACAGUAUUCGGCCAUGGGCAUUUUCGAGUCUAGCGGCUGUAGUCAUUAUCUUGGAGGACAUGCAAAAGAAGCAGAGACUAUUGUCACGUGCUUAG